AUGUCCCAAUUACCGUCACUGUCCCCGCCGUCGCCUACCCGUAGAUCUCCAUCAGCAGCAAAAUCAGCAGCAGCAACACGCUCUUCACCACGUCGCCGGCCAGAUCAUCUCGCAGCCCUCGUUACGUAUACUCCCACGACUCUCCAUCACACCAUUGCCGGUGCAGCGCACACGUCUCUGUACAGCAGCGCAGACGACUUUCACUCGCUCAUCCAGCCUUCGCCUUCGGCAAGCUCCGCCGGCAGGAACAUUGUCUACGCCAGUCCGCCCCUAAACGCGAGCACCGCAGUGACACCGAGAACUGGGAACGUCCAGGGCGGUGGCCAAGCAUCCAGCAGUCCUCCUGCAUCUGGAGGCACACGUACGCAGUUCGGCAGCAUAUUAGAGCUGGACGCCGAGACAGAAACGGAAGACACGAGCAUUGACGGAGAAGGUGAUUUGCACGUGCUCGGACACCAGCGCUUCGUCACAGCAGGCACAGGUACAAUAGGCACUUUGUCCAAAGAGAGUGUUGAGCUCCCUGCAUUGGACAGCAGUAGCGCAAGUGACAGUUUAGACGGUAUCUUCGACCGCUUCUCGACGGCCAAAAGCGUCCUACCUGGUCUCUUUUUUGAAGGUAGUGGUUUUCUCGGCGACGUCUCGGAACCAGUUGGUAGUGGAGCAGGCAGUGCCGGAGCGGGGACGGGUGCUGUAGGAAUCGGUGCAGCCGCCAGCUCUGGUGGUGGAGCGUUCAAGCGCUUGCCAAUUCCAAGCAGGAGCAGACCUGGUACGGGAAGUACGUCGGCGACGUUCACUUCAGCUCCCGGCGACUUCUCGUCAGGCAGCUCAGAAGCCGUCUCGCCAUUCAGCAGCGCAGUCUGGCUUCCCGAGGGAAACUGUCUCAGUUCAGCGGACGGUGAGAGCCUGGAGAGUGUUCAAGCUGUCCCUCAAAUGAGAAGCAGCUUUAGUAGGAAUUCCGAAGCGGUGAGCACGCUCCGCAGAAGCAGCGACUCUGCCACCACGCCUGGACCUUCGAGUACCACGGCUGCUGCUUCGGCGCAAGAUCUUCAGUCCAAAAUGCAAGCGACGGCGAUAGCCCCUUGCAGAGGCGAAAAUAGCACUGGGUAUGACAUGAUGCCAUACGCCGCAUCCUCCUCCAAGGCUGCGUCCAAGCUAUCAAACAAGCAGGGCACCACGUCAGAUGCACCAUACUCUUCUUCCUAUCGAUAUGUGACUCCUCCAGAUGAAGAUGACCCUCUGACGGAUGCGUUGGACGCUUCGGAUUUGGGGCGAACACCCAGGAUGCUGAACAACCUCAGUGCAUCUUCCUUUUUUGAACAUUCCUCUUCAUCCGGCUCCUCUUCAGGCGGCACACACGCCCGCGAACGCGAUCAUCGCUCGGGCGCGACGGCGGUCAGCAAUAGGGACAGCCUCGAUCCAAAUCGCUAUGCGCGCGCGGUCGGCACGGCAUCUAGUCCGGACCUCAAGACGCUCGUGCACAAGAAGGCUCUUGAAGCGGUGGCGCAGGGAAGAAUGAGCGGGGAGAUGGCGCGCGGGAUCCUGGGAGACGCAGUUUUGCGAGACGCAGUCGCUGCUAGCGCGAGUAGCGGAACAAGUACCGGUGUAAAUGGAAGAUCUGCAAUGCUUGAGGAUCCGGGCACGGCCACGAGUUUCGAGCUCUCUCCCGGUACCAGCGAGUACUCGACAAAUCCACCAAGCGAUCUGAUCGAACAGCAAGGGCUGGCAUCGCAGUCGCCCAAGGUACCGCUGAAAGAUCUUAACACUCCGCCUGUGCUACGCCCCAGGAGAAAGACUGCCGGCUCUAGUUCUAGAGAAGGCAUCAUUCCCCACAGCAUCAGUAGCAGCAGCUCGGCAGGUGGCGCCGCCGGCUCUGGCAGCCUGAACGUGCGUGUGCCGGGAGCCGCGAGAUCGAGCAGCAAUCUCCCACUUGCAUGGAGCGCAGGUACUACUGGGCGCAAUUACAUUGCGCCUGAUGCGUCGAUUGCGCUAAACGAAGGCGGCAGCACUGCCACGAAUUCCUGGUCACAAGACAAUUCUUCGACGCCUGGAAUAGGCAUAAACAAGCUUGCCAUCUCGACUAGCACAAGCGGGAGCCUGUCUCUCGCAGACGAAAUCGAUAUGGGUAGUCCAAAACUGGACGAGAAGGGCGCAGGUGGUGGUCUGUUCAAAGGCCGAAUGAAGAAAACCAGUGGCUUCCUUCGCUCCCUCCGGCCUUCUGCGCGCGCCAAAGGCCAGGAGCCUGCUACCCUUAUGAGCAUAUCCAAUGCAUCAGGGACCGACCUGUUGGAUCCGCCCACUCCGAGCCGCAGAUCUUUCAACGGCCAAACCAGCGCUUUCGAAGCUGGUUAUGCAGCAGAGGAAUUUGAGGGCGCAACUAAUGUGCCUGUCCCCUCCAUUCCGAGCAAGUACGCGAGAGAAACCAAUGCUGCAACCCCUGGGCGGACGUCAUCCAGCUCGAGUGCAACUGCAGCUCCUUCUCCCACCGGCAAGACUUCCAGGAGGGAUAAAGGCCUGGCACCGGCCCCACCUCCGCCCGCAGCGCCACCUGAAGCUCGGCGCCCGAGUGCCAUCAGCCUCCCAUCGCAGGCUCAUCAAGCGCUCGGACCUGCCCCAGGACGGCCGCCCCGCGCAUCGGUUCCUGCAUCUUCUGCACCAGCGUCGGCGUCGGCGUUGGCAUUCGCAUCUGCUUCCAGCAAUACUUCGGCUUCCGAUGCAGCAAGGCGAUCAUCACCAGCACUUCUGGCGAGCAGGCCAUCGCAGCCAAGCUCAUCGGUCGUGUCCGAUGCGACCAGCAGCGCUGCCGUAUCCGGCUCCCCUGGAAGCUGGGAUCCACGACGAAAGACGUCGACUGCAGCAGGAGGUUCAGACGGAACUGGGCAGGAGCUGCGAACUGCGCUGAAAGCUUGGGAGUCAGAGAUGGAGAAUACUCUCCGCGGAUCGGCCCAGGAUCUGGAAAAGAAGAUAGACCUGAGUCCUCGCGCACAGUGGAGUCCUAGUCCACAGCUGCCAGAGAUUGACGCGCUCGAGAAGAGGAGGAGCAAAUCUGGAAGUUUCAUGGACGGGGCGAAAUGGGAGCAGUCUGCUGCUGUCGCCGCUGCGGAGCCACGCACUGCUGAAGGAGAUGAGGAGAGUCCGAGCACACCUAUGCCAGGUGUGCGAGUUGAGGAAGCGACGCCCCUGGCCGUUCGCCGCCCGGGUUCUGCUUCGAGGAACGCGAAACGCUCUCGGUCCCUCGCAUCAACAUCAGACUCAGAGGCAGCUGCCGCAGGUCUCGGCAUUUUGGGCACGGCUGUCAAGCACGAAGAGCCCAAAAGUACCAUGUUCAGGUCGGCCUCUGCUGGUCCUGACGCUCCUCGCAAUUCAUUGCGCAACAUUCAUCCUGCGUCUGCUUCUGGAGGUCGCGUCGUCUCGGACUCAGUUGCGGCGACGAGGGGCCACGCAUCAUCAGAUGCGCCAUCGCGCAAGCACACUGCAUCCCCCGCAAGCAGCGACGUGCACUCUUACGCGCCGGAGCAGUCGAUUCGUGUGAUUCCGCGACGCGAUAGUGUUGCAACGACCGAAGGCAACGACGCUCCUUCCAUCCACUCGGCAACGAUGCACAAGCCGCUGCCUGUGCCUGGCGAUAUGCCCAGCAUUCAGCGACAGCCCAGCCCUGGUCUGUCAGAUGUAACAAGAGAUGAGGUCGCUGCUUCAGAACGAAUGCUACAGCGAGCUCAGGACAUGGCGGGCAGAGCGUGGAAGGAGGAUAAGGAGUUCAUGCCGAAAGACAAGAUCGCAGAAUGGCUCGGUGGCCCGGGGGUGAUCAAUAAGCUGGCUCGCACAGCUUACUUCCAAAACUUCACUUACGAGGGCUUGCGGGUGGAUGUGGCAUUCAGGCGACUCUGUGACAGGCUUUAUCUCAAAGCAGAAACGCAACAGGUGGACCGUAUUCUCGAGGCGUUUAGUCAACGUUUCUGGACCUGCAACCCUGGAUCCAUCUAUGGCAGUGCAGACACUGUACACAGCAUUGUUUUUUCACUCCUUUUGCUCAAUACAGAUCUGCACGUCGCUGACAUCACAGAUCGCAUGACGCGCGGACAGUUCAUCAGGAACACCAUGUCGGCUGUCGAUCCCACUCACGGAGCUGAUGUCGGCAGCCUCGGAGGCGCCGAUGACUCGCAGAGCACCUUUAGCGAGAAUAUUGGAGAGUCAAGCGCCACACUAUCGCUCGGACGAAAACCGACAUUGCGCGGCAACUCGGCGACCUUGUCCCCUUCCGGAGGCUCCAUGUUGUCUCUCGGUCACGAGAGCUCAAGCUACUCUAUGACAAACCAGUCAUCGCCGAAUCUGAUGUCUCAGCCUUCUCGCAAAGCUUCGGGCAAUACCCUUGGCGCGCCUCCGUCCGCCAAUCGGGCUCGGAGCGUCACAAAUGGCUCUUUGGACUCAACUCGUGGGCAUAGCAAAGCUUGGGAGGUUGAGAUGGAGUCUUUGCUGAAAGACAUUUAUGCUGCCGUGAAGAGCGAUCAGAUUCGUCUCCCGGAAAUCGAUGCCGGGAAAGGCACCCUAUCACCUCCUGCUGUGGGACGUCGAGCACGCGGCAUGGCCUCUCCAGGCUCGGACCGCAUCUCCAUGCUGAAGAGAGGCAGCAUUCGUGGCAUUCAAGGAUUACUCGGAGCCAGCAGUUCGACUUUCAACAGCGAGGGAACGAUUAGUCCCGGUUCUAGCACCAAUACAGGCGCUUCACUCGGUGUCGACAGCUGGGCCUUCGGUUCCACUACUUCGUUUGCCAACUCGAGCGGUACCAAUGGCCAACAGCCAAAUGCAGCUCUAGGCUUUGCCAGCACGCUUACCCAGACUAUCAUUAAAGAAUCUCAGGACGAGUACACCCACGUACUCGCGGGCUUGGAGCAUGACGACUUGACUGACGAAGAGCUGGCCCUCUUCGGUCCUCCAUGGGCUAAGGAAGGUGUCCUGCCGCGUAAGCACUACUGGGAAGCGUCGCAAAAGCGAGCCAAGGACAAAAAUUGGCUGGAGACGUUCGUGGUCGUGCAAAAGGGCAUGCUAAGCAUGUUCCGCUUUGGUGAUACUUCGUCCGUGCGGGGUAGCGGGCCCAAGGCUGGUACAGCUGUCGGUGGAGGAAACUGGCUGACCAACGCAACCUCCCUUGGAACCAUUAACCUGGCGCAUACAUUGGCGAAUGUCUUGCCUCCACCUGGAUAUAAUCGCAAUCGGCCGCACGUCUUUGCUUUGACCUUGCCAGGUGGGGCAGUCUACUUCUUUCAGGCUGGCCACGAAGAAUUGGUGCAUGAAUGGGUCAGCACCUGCAACUACUGGGCUGCGAGACAGAGCAAGGAGCCCCUUGCGGGAGGCGUUUCAAACAUGGAGUACGGCUGGAACAAGGUGCUGCCAUCCAACGCCCAGUCAGACGAAGAAGAACAGUUGGACAAUCGCUCGAUCCUUUCGGGACCUGACGCGAACAACCUGGGUGCUUCGAUAUACAACUCGUCGGACAAAGACAAAACAUCAACGGACAACCGCAGUGUUCGAAGCGGUCGUUCUGGUAAAUCAAAAGGGGGUGGCAGCAUUUACAUGCCGUGGCAAGAAUCAAGCGCCUUUGGAUCUCUGACAGCCAGGACGGGUGCUGGUAGCAUCUUCAACUCGAGUGCCAGCGUACGGUCCCCCUCGCUUGCCGGUACUGGCUCGGGAGGUAUACAUGCGAAUGAACGAAUCUACAUCAAUGAUUGGAAGAACCCUCAGCUACCUUCAGUCCCAAGCAACUUGAAAGAGGAUGAGCAAUUGGAGCGCGUCGUCAAGCACGUUGCUCACAUUGAAUCCGAGCUGACAGCACACAACGAGCUGCGCCAGCCAAUGCUGCAACUGUACUCGCCACGAGGCGCCAACUAUGGCAAAGCGCUGGCAAACUGGGAACGGAAGAGCAAUCAUUUGUUGCAAGAGCUGGUCAAGUACCAGUGCUACGCUGAAAGCUUGAGAAACGCGGUGCGUCUGCGGGCGGAGAAGCGAUCACAGAAGCUGUUGGAACGAGCAGACAUCUCGUAG